AUGAAGCCUGUAGAUGCAGACUCUAGUUCUGAGGAUGAUGACUUGGAUAUUUCUCCUGUGGAACUUGAUGAAGCAUUGGUGAUUGAAGAUGAUGAUAUAUCCGAAGAUGAGGAUGACGACCAUGAUGAUGUACUUAGAGAUGAUUCUCUUCCCUUCUGUACGCCAGAUAAAGUGCAUGAUGUUAAAUUGAGUGACUCUACAGAAGAUAGUGCCACUGCUACACCCAGUGAUGGCCAGAAUAAUCCGCCUUGUAGUUCUAGCAACAGAGGUACUUCAGGGAGAGAAUCGGAUUCUGCUGAAUUUAAGAGUGGUAGUUCUUUUGGUUCAAGAGGUGCAAUGUCCUUUGCUGCUGCUGCUAUGGCUGGACUUGCAUCUUCUAAUAGUAGAGGUGAAAGAGGAGGCAGAGAUCGGCAUGGACGAUCACUUUUUGGGUCUAGUGAUCCGCCAAGACUAAUUUUUACGGCAGGCGGGAAGCAGCUUAAUAGACAUUUGACUAUCUAUCAGGCAAUCCAACGGCAACUUGUGCUGGAUGAUGAUGAUGAUGAUGAGAGGUUUGGUGGCAGUGAUUUUGUAUCGAGCGAUGGAAGUAGGCUCUGGAGCGAUAUUUACACUAUAAUGUAUCAAAAGGCAGAAAGCCAAGCUGAUAAGUCUUCAGUUGGGGCUGAGAACUUGGCAACUCCAUCGAAGUCUACAAAAGCUAGUUUAUCGAGUAUAUCCAGUUCAGAUUCAUUGCAGCAUCGAGUCUCACUUUUAGAUAGCAUUUUGCAAGGGGACCUUCCUUGUGGUCUGGAAAAAAGUCACCCUAUUUAUAAUAUAUUAGCGCUAUUACGCGUACUGGAAGGGUUGAAUCAGCUUGCACCGCGCUUGCGAGUACAAGGGGCAGUUGAUAGUUUUGCUGAAGGAAAAAUUGCUAGUCUAGAUGCACUUAGUGCCAUCGGCGUCAAAGUUCCUCCUGAGGAAUUCAUCAAUAGUAAACUUACUCCAAAAUUGGCUAGACAGAUCCAGGAUGCAUUAGCACUUUGCAGUGGGUCUCUUCCUUCAUGGUGCUACCAGUUGACUAAAGCAUGCCCAUUUUUGUUUCCUUUUGAAACUCGGCGCCAAUACUUCUAUUCGACUGCUUUUGGACUGUCUCGUGCAUUACAUCGGCUUCAGCAGCAGCAAGGUGCUGAUGGUCACGGUUCAACAAAUGAAAGAGAGGUAAGGGUUGGGAGAUUACAGCGUCAGAAAGUUCGUGUGUCUCGGAAUCGAAUAUUGGAUUCUGCUGCAAAAGUUAUGGAAAUGUAUUCCAGUCAAAAGGCUGUUCUCGAGGUUGAAUAUUUUGGUGAAGUUGGCACUGGAUUGGGGCCUACUCUGGAGUUUUACACUCUUUUGAGUCAUGACCUUCAACAAGUAGGACUAGAAAUGUGGAGGUCGAGUUCGUCAGUGGAUAGACCUUAUUUGGAAGUAGAUGUGGAUAAACGGUUAGAUGGAAAAGCUGGGGUUGAUAAGGAUAUUGUCCAAUCACCUCUUGGGUUAUUUCCACGUCCUUGGUCACCCUGUGCUGAUACUUCUGAUGGUAGCCUAUUUUCUAAAGUUACUGAAUAUUUUCGGUUGCUUGGUCGUGUUAUGGCAAAAGCUCUCCAAGAUGGAAGGCUUUUGGAUUUACCUCUAUCAGUUGCCUUUUAUAAGCUUGUUCUCGGUCUUGAGCUGGAUUUGCAUGAUAUCAUUUCUUUUGAUGCUGAACUUGGGACUACCUUGCAAGAAAUGCAUGCCCUUGUGUGCCGGAAACAGUAUUUGGAGUCAAUGGGUAGUCGUAGCCUCGACGAUUUACGUUUUCAUGGGGCUUCAAUUGAAGAGCUUUGUUUAGAUUUCACCCUUCCAGGCUAUCCUGAAUAUGUUCUCAAACCAGGCGACAAGAAUGUGGACAUAAAUAGUUUGGAGGAUUAUAUUUCCCUUGUGGUAGAUGCAACUGUGGGAACUGGAAUAUUGCGGCAAAUGGAAGCAUUUAGAUCUGGCUUUAAUCAGGUUUUUGACAUUUCAACUCUACAAAUAUUUUCGCCAACCGAGUUGGACUAUCUGCUCUGUGGCCGCAGAGAGUUGUGGAAGGCUGAGACACUUGUGGAUCACAUCAAAUUUGAUCAUGGAUACACAGCCAAGAGUCCCGCUAUUAUUUAUCUACUUGAGAUAAUGGGGGAAUUCACUCCAGAGCAGCAACAAGCUUUCUGCCAGUUUGUUACCGGUGCUCCCCGGCUUCCGCCAGGUGGCCUGGCUGUACUUAAUCCCAAGUUGACAAUUGUUAGAAAGCAUUCUUCAAGCACUGGCAACACAGCACAAAAUGGUUCUGGUCCAUCUGAAUCUGCCGAUGAUGACUUGCCAAGUGUCAUGACAUGUGCAAAUUACUUGAAGCUUCCUCCCUACUCCUCCAAGGAAAUCAUGUACAAGAAACUUCUCUAUGCAAUAAGCGAAGGGCAAGGAUCUUUUGAUUUGUCUUGA